GUGACCUAAUCACAUUACUUUUCAAUUCAAAUGAGGUUGUGUUUUCGGUUCAUGAUGUCUCAAACAGUGAAAACCUUUGAUUACAUUGCAAUCGGUGGUGGAUCUGGAGGUCUCGCUAGUGCGAGAAGAGCUGCUUCGCUCGGAGCAAAAGCCGCUGUGAUCGAACAUGGAAGACUCGGUGGAACUUGUGUCAAUGUUGGCUGUGUCCCUAAGAAGGUUAUGUUUAACACAGCUGUCCAUGCAGAAUACAUUCAUGAUCAUGCUGAUUAUGGCUUUGAUGUUACUCUAAAUAACUUCUCUUGGGCGACUGUUAAGAAGUCCAGAGAUGCAUACGUCAAGAGACUGAAUGGUAUUUAUGAGAACAACUUGAAAAAGGAUGAUGUGGAGUAUAUUCCUGGUCAUGCUGUGUUCACUCCAGAGGGCAAUGUUAAAGUUGGAGAUGCUGUUUACAGCAGUAAACACAUUUUAAUUGCGAUUGGAGGGCGGCCAACUGUACCAGCAUUUCCAGGUUGUGAGUAUGGUAUCACCAGUGAUGGCUUCUUUGAUUUAGAGGAUCUACCAAAGAAAGUUGCUGUAGUCGGAGCAGGGUAUAUCGCCAUUGAGUUAGCAGGAAUACUCAAUGCUCUUGGGUCCAAAGUUUCGUCUCUCAUAAGAUAUGACAGGGUUCUGCGAACAUUUGACUCCAUGCUUAGCGAAGGGGCAACAAAUGAAAUGGUGAAAGCUGGAAUUGACUUGCAAACUCACACUUCAAUUCAGGAGAUCACAAAAGACAGUGAAACUGGUCUGAUGACCAUUCACAUCUUGAAAAACAAGCAAGAUAAGGUGGCUCUGUCCGGGUUUGAUUGCGUCUUACUGGCAAUUGGGAGAGUUCCAAACACAGACUCCCUUGGAAUAGAUGGUCUGGGAAUAGAUGUCGACAGCAAGGGACAUAUAAUAGUUGAUGAGUUUCAAAACACUUCCCGGCCAGGUGUAUACGCACUAGGAGAUGUUUGCGGGAAAGCACUUCUCACGCCAGUGGCGAUUGCAGCUGGGCGAAGACUCGCCCACAGAUUGUUUGAUGGUCAGUCGAAUUUGAAGCUGGAUUACAGCAACAUACCAACAGUGGUGUUCAGUCAUCCACCAAUUGGAACUGUGGGGUUAACUCAGGAGGAGGCAGAACAGAAAUAUGGAAAAGAUAAAAUAAAAGUUUACAAGUCUACGUUCAGCAACAUGUAUCAUGCGCUUACUCAUCGAAAGACCAGCACAAUGAUGAAACUUGUUUGUCUUCUGCCUGAAGAAAAGAUCCUUGGACUUCACAUUCUUGGGAUUGGCUGCGAUGAGAUGCUACAAGGUUUUUCCGUUGCUGUCAAGAUGGGGGCAACUAAAAAAGAUUUUGACGAAACUGUGGCGAUCCAUCCGACAGCGUCCGAAGAGUUGGUCACAAUGCGUUGAUUACAAUAAUUAGGGUGCUUACUAUUUGUCAGAACUGACUGAUUAGACUGAUCAGAUUAAAAGAGCGUGUUCCAAGCGUUUGGUUAGUAAAGCGAAGCGCGAUAACAGCGGAGGAGUGAAAAAAAAAAAAAACAGGGAGGCUUGGGUCGAGUCGCCACCCGACCCAAACCUCCUGCAUCGCGCCGUUUACUAUUCGCUCUUUUUACCAACUGAACGCCUGGAUCAGGCCAGUUUCAUAAAAUGAAUAGUAGGAAAGAGGCCUUUCGAAAGAGACUUUUCCUUAAAUUUGAAAAUAAAAAUCCAUCGGAAUAGUGGUUGUAGUUUAGUGAUUACGUUAUCUGAUAGGAAAGUUCUGACUUAUUACUGAAUACAUGUACCAUUUAUGAAUGAACCAAUCUGAUUAGCCAGAUCUGACCAAUUGUUUGUGCCUUUAAUUUCUUCACUUUCGUCGUCGUUAUUAUCAUUUUCAUCAUCAUCAUCAUCAUCAUCAUUAUUAUAUGUCCAUGACAACGCGUGCCUAUGCACAAUCUCUGACGUUUCUUAUAGGGAAACGGUCCCCG